AUGUACAAACAUAUGUUUAUUGUAUUGCUGCUAGUCAGCCUUUCAUUAGAAUUUAAGACUUCAGUUAAAACAUAAAUAACUCCAUUGGAAACUAUUUUAGGAAUUGAUCCUUCUGGAUGGACAUGUGAAAGUCCACCAUAUAAAGAGUAAUUGGGAGCUGAACAUGACAUUGAAUAAUGGAUAGAUAUAGUAAAACAUAAAGAUGGUUUUGAUGGUGAUUUGCAAGUAUUAGCUAUGGUUAAAGCACUUGUUGAUAAAGUAUUGGCUUCUGUUUAACAUAUUUCUGGAAAUACUUUUGUUUAAGUUAAACAUAUACAUCAUUAAUUAUCUAAACAAUUUAAAAAGUUAUCAGAAAUUGAGUCAUUAUCAUCUUGGUAUGAUAUAAAUGAUAUAUUGGGUUAUGUUGAAGUAUUAAAUAAAGCAAAAAGUAAUUUAAUUCAUAAUAAUUUAUUAGCUGAUGAAGAUAAAUUGUAGUUAGCAACUAUGAUUGCAUCCAAAAUAUCAGAGCUUAUUCAAUAAAUCACUGAAAUUUAAUUAUAAUUAAAUUCCAUACCUGUUGAAAUAGAUGAUUUAUAUGAAUUAUCAACUAGAGUCAAUCAAAAAACUUCUGCAUGUAAAGAUGUAUGGGCACCAUUUUUGGAAGCAGAUGCUAAAGCUGAAGAAGAAAUAAAGAAAGCUCAACAAGAAUAAGAAGCUGCAAAAUUAUAAGAAGAAGCAGAAGCAAAGUAAUAAGCUGAAUAAGCAGCAGAAGAAGAAAGAAGAAAACAAGAAGAAGCAAGAGAGUUGGAAGAAUUAAAAAAUAGAGUAGAACUUACACCUGAGGAAGCUGAAGCUUUAGAUAAAGAGGCUGAACAUGAAUUAGAAUUAGCUGAAGAGGCAGAAAUUGAAGCAAAUAAAGUUAUGGAAGAAGCUAAAACUGCUUAAAAUGAAGCAGAAAUAGAAGCUGAAAAAGAAGAAAAAGAAGCAGAAGAGGCUGCAUAAAGAGCAGAAGCUGCUGAAUAAGCUUUAUAAGAGGCCCAAAAAGUUGAAGAAGAAGCUUGUGUAGAUGCAGAAGAGGCUGAAAGAAGAUUGAAGGCUGCUUAAGAAGCUGCAGAGGAGGCUAGGAAAAAAUUAGAAGAAGCAGAAAGAUUAGCAGAAGAAGCUAGAAAAACUAAAGAAUGUCCAGAUGAACCACCUCUUGAUGAACCAGUUCGUGAAGAAUUUUAUGAAGAGGAAUAUGAAUUCAUAUCAGAGGAAGAAGGCUGCAAUGAUGAUGCUUUAGAAGACUUAAUAGAUACUCUUAUAGAUGCAGCAACUGGACCUAGUGCUUAUUAACCUGGAUGUGGAUAUCCUGGAUGUCAAGAAUAACCAAUUAUUAUUGUUGUUGAGGAUGAUGAAGAUGAACCAUAACCAAAACCUGAACAUUAACCAGAACCUGAACCAAAAUAAGAGGAAGAAAUUAUUGUUGAAGAAGAAAUAGAAACUGAACCAACUCCUGAUGAUGAUAAGACAUUUGAAGAAGAAUAAGAAGUUGAAGAGACAGUAGAAGAGAUUGUUGAAGAAAUUGUUGAAGAAAUUGUUGAAGAGAUUGUAGAGGAAAUUCCAGAAGAAGAUGAUGAUGAUUUUGGUAGAUUAGAAUAUCCAGUUGAUCCUCCUUAGGAGAUAUAAUAUCUAAUUUAUAAAUCCGAUGAUAAACAUGUAAACUCUCAUACUCAAGAGUCAUCGAAAUGGGAAGUAGAAGUCAAUCAUGGACCUGAAACUAGAAUUAAAGGAUCAACUGAAUAUAGUUAUGGUUUAUGGACAUAUUUCAGAUAUAAUGGAGAUACUAAAAUUUCAGAGAAGAAAGAAGUUUUGGCAGUUGGAGGUUUAAGUGGAGAUGGAUCAAGUAGACUAGUGACACUAAUUGGAGAAGGAUUUUAUAACUUUUAAGUAUUUGAUGGAGAUUCUGUUACAGAAUAAUAAGUAGAUUAUGGAAAAUAUUUGGAUGCUGAAUGGAUUUAUAUUUACUUUGGAUACAAAGAAGGUAAAGCUAAUGGUUAUGUAUAUUGGGCAAGAACUUAAGUAAUUAAAAGUGUCACAUUUACUAUUACAUAUCAAACUAUUGUAAAUACUAUCAAGUUUUCAUCAGGUUUAUGGACAGGCUACAAAGGUUUCAAUGGAAUUAUUACUAAUAUUAGAGUUGUUUUAAAUAAAGACUCUUUUAUUGAAGAUGAUAUUAUUAUGAAGAAUGCAAUAGAAUCUGAAUAUCCUGUUCCAAGCGAAACAGAUUUAGAAUAUAUAGAAAAUAAAUAUUAUGAUAAAGUUGAAUAUGAAGGAUUAAUCACAGAACCUAAAUUACAUUGGGAUUUAGAUAGAUAUAGAGAAUACUCCUUUUCUACUUGGUUUAGAUAUGUUAGAAGAACAGAUAAAGUUGAUUAAUUGAUAUUUAGAUUAACAUCCAAUGAACCUGAUUCUGGAGAUGUAGCUCAUGGAGAUAAUGUUUUAUCUUUAUGGUAAACUGAUACAAUUGACUAUUAAUUUAAAACAUAUACAGUUGAAAAUUAAGAUAAAUUUAGUAAUAUUGUUGAAAGUGUUAAAAUAAAUUAAGAAUCAUAAUAAUUAUGGACUUAUGUAUAUUUUGGAUAUAACAAUGAAGAUUUAUAAUUCUAUAUUGAAUGGCCAGAUAGUACUGCAACAAAAUAAUUUAAAGGAUGGCAUGUUGUUGCAAAAUAUUGGGCUUUAUAUUUAGGUUAAGACAUUAAAUAUAGUUUCCAUGGUAAAACAGCUUAUUCAACUUUAAGAUUAGGAAAAGGAUCAUGGGGUAUUCCUACAGAAUUUGAAGAUUACAAGACUGGUAAAAGUAAAUUAUGGCCUGGAGUACAAAUGAAAUCAUAUGAUUCUAAAUGGAUGACACAUACUAAGGAAUCUGAAUAUGAUACUUUAUUACAUGAAGAACCUGAAUGGAUUACUGAUGGUGUUUAUGAAUAUGGAUUUGGAAUGUGGACUAAAUUCUUUAUUACAAAUCCCUCUCGUAUUUAUGAAAAACCAGAUCGUAUUUUGAUAGCAAGAUUAGGUUUUAGUGAUAAUGAUUAGGCUGAAUUUGCUGUUUAUAUAGGAAGAGGUGACUAUGAAUUUUGGGCUGGAUCAAUGAGACCUGUUUCUUAUACUAAGAAUUUGGAUGGAUAUUGGAAUUACAUAUAUUUUAGCUAUUCAAAAUUAUAAUAAAUUGCUGUUGGUUAUGUAAACUUUAAUACAUUAUAAUAAAUAUAAAGAACUAAAUUUGAACCAUUUGAUGCUGAUCCUGCUAAUAAUUAUGUCCGUUUUUAUGUUGGAAAUUGGAAGAAUAAUUAAUAUGGAUUUAAUGGUAGAAUGGCAUCAGCUGUAAUUCGUAUGGGAAGAGGAUCAUUUAUUUAUGAAAUAGAUUAAUACUAAUCAUGGAUGGAACCUUAUUCAGUACCAGUUGAUGAAGAAUUAGGAACUAAAGAUUAUGAGAUUUAAGGAGCAGACAAUAAAGAUACUGAAUCUUAUGAAAUAUUCAAUUAUGAAGAUUAAGCAAUUGAAACUCAAUAAUAUUCUGUUUAUGGAUGGUUUAAAUAUUAUGGUGAUUUAUCUAAUACUGAUGCUUAAACAAUUAUUAGAUUAACAAAUAAUGAAGUUGAUCAUUUAAGUGAUUCUUCAAUAUUAGGAGAUAGAACAUUAACUGCUAUUUAAUAAGGAGGUAAUAUGAUAUUUGGUACUUAUGAUAUUGGAUUUAUUGAUAAAGAUUAUGAAGUCAAUAGAUAGACAGAAGUUGAACUUGGAGAAUAUAGAGGAAUAUGGAUGUACAUUUGGGUAGGAUAUUCUAGAUUUGAUUAAUAAACAGGAUGGUUUUUGGGAUUCCCUGAUAUUAGUAAAGGUGGAGUAAUGAAAAAGACUCUUCAUUUUUCACCAAAGUAUUUAGCUGUAUAUUUUGGAAAGGAUGGUAUUAAUAAAAACUUUAUUGGAAAAUCAAGACAUGUUCAUGCUUGUUAUGGUACAACUUAAUGUUGGCAUUUUGUUAAUAAGGUAGAAGUAGAAGAGAAUUUACCAGCAUGGAUUCCAUAUAAAUUAAAUAAUUAAUUUGAAUUCUUUAUUGAAAAAGAUUAAGAUGCUUUAAUUGUAGCUAAGAAUGAGAAUGCAGCUAUUGAUAUAGAGUUUACAGAGACUAAUUUCCCUGGUUCUGAUAUUGAAGCAAUUUUUGAAUAUGGUAUAGGUAUAUGGACAAGAUGGUUAAUGAAUUAUCCAUUUAUUUUAUUAGAAAAAGCUGAUUCACAUUCAAUAUUUAGAUUUACUACUAAUGCAUAAUAUGAAGAUGCUUAAUAAAAUGGUGAUAGAACUGUAUCUGCCUUUGUUGGUAGAGGAGAAUAUAAGUUUAGUACUUAUGAUACUGUCCUUAAUAAAAAUGACAUAAGUAUUGGUAGUAAAUUUGAUAAAGAAUUGGAAGGAUAUUGGAAUUUUAUUUAUUUCUGUUAUAAAAGAAUUCCUACAAAUCCUAAAGCAAUAGGAUAUGUUUUCUUAUCCAAUGUCAAUGUAGUAAAGAGAAUAGAAAUAGAUAAUGCCAAACAUUGGUUACUUAGAAAUUAUGCUAGAUUAGUAGUUGGCAAGAAAGAAUUUGGUCAUUCUGCAUUCUAAGGAAAACUAUUUGAUCCAAGAGUAUUUUUAGGUAGAGGCAGUUAUAUUGAGACUAGUGAAGAUUUAAUAAAUACUUUGAUUCCAAAGUUUAGAGCUUUUCCACCUUAUAAAGAUAAAUAGGAUAAUGAACCAGUUUAAGUAGAGAAAGCUAAGAUUACUGAAAGAGUAUUUAAAUAAUAUGAAGAGAAAUAUAGUGGUGUAUUUGAAUAUAGUGUUUAUGGAUUUGCUAAAGGAAAUAAAUUAAGAAAUGUUACAGAAUGGACUACUCUUGUAAGAGUUACACAAAAUACACCAGAUAUUUAAGGAGACAAUGAAAAUGCUGGAGAUAGAACUCUUUCUAUAUUUGCUGAUAAAGGAAAAUGGAUCUAUAGUACUUAUGAUUAUGGAGAUCUUGAAGUUGUUGAUGAUGAUGAUGGAGCAAGUAAUAAUUUAUUGAGAUUAUAUAGUUAUUCACUAAUUUGAUAUGAAUAAACAAUGGGGAAAAUGGACAUAUUUCUAUUUUGGUUAUUCAUUUAAAUUGAAAUAAGCAUAUGCAUAUAUUAGAUUUAUUGAUUAAACUGAAAAUUCAUAUCUAUUUGAAGAAGUUUACCAUUUUGUUCCUAAUUAUUUGAGUGUUUUCUUUGCAGAAGAUGGCUAUGGCAAAAUGUUUGAUGUAAUUAAUUUUUUAACAAUUCUUUUAGGGUGAAGCCUUUGAUUGGUAUUUAGGAAUUGGAGAUGGAGCAUUUACUACAACACCAGAUCCUAGAUAAUGGCCAGUUGAUCCUGCUCCACUUCCUGAUAAAAUUUUAUCAGCUCUUUUAGCCAAUUAAGGUUUCAAUUCAGGAAGAAUAGUAAAAUCUUCAACAUUCUUAUAAUUGGAAGGUACUAUUAAUUUAGUUGAGAUCAAACAAGAUGAAUGA